AUGCCACAACAACCCAUGAAUCAAGCUUCCUCCUCACAGCAACCCAUGCCACAAGUUCAACAAGAAAAGCCCAAUGAAUUGCAAGCAGCUAUGUUGACACAAGCCAUCACUUCGAGAAGUGGUAAGAAAGUUGAACAAUCUGUGCCUAAAUCAUCUGUUGAGAAGAACGAGGAGUUGGGUGAGAAAUCUGGUUCUGAGAGAGAGAAGUUUUCUAUGGUCUUAGAGGUGUUCAAAAAGUUACACAUUAACAUCCCAUUCACUGAAGCUUUUGAACAGAUGCCCAGCUAUGUAAAGUUCAUGAAGGAGAUUCUGUCCAAAAAGAGAAAAAUGGAGGAUUACGAGACUGUAGCUUUGACAGAGGAAUGUAGUGCUAUUCUACAAAGGAAGCUUGCUCAGAAACUGAGAGAUCUAGAAAGCUUCACUAUUCCUUGCACUAUCGAGAGUGUUGAAUGCAAGCAUGCUUUGUGUGAUUUAGGGGCAAGUAUUAAUUUGAUGCUUGUAACGUCCUGA